CAGCUGUGCUCUCUCUCAAAAAAAAACAGAGAAGGAAAGCAAACCAACAUACAGAAGAUGGCAGUCGAUCGAUUUCUCAGGCAGACAAGACUCAGCUGCUCACGAGGAAUACAACCAACCGAAUGGAUCGAGAACAUCAAACCAAACAUCAAUACCAAUGCGCUCAUCGACCUCAUCCUAUCAACCAAGCCGAUCUCAGUCAGACUACUGACUUACUACAGGAUAGCCAUCAAGACCCAGGAGGACCACUCAGAAACAGCCAGCCAUCUCAUCGACUUAAUCCCAAGGAUCAUCAGCCAAGAAGAACAUGACCCCCAACGAAUCCUCAGGAUCCUCAAUCCGAUCUCACUCCCACUCAUCAACUACCACAACUUCACACUCAACCAUCAUCAGGCCAUCUCCCAACUCCAAUCACUCCUACAACUCAUCAGACUAAUCACACCCAACCAGCACCACAACCAACCCACCCUCAGCCUGGCCGAACACUUGCUCUCCGCACUCACCAACUCAAUCCUGGCCCAUCCAGCCAACACUCGAUCCAUCCAACAAGAUAUCCUCCAGUCCAUCACUACCACCAUUCAAGAUCAUCAUCAUCAUCAUCCCAGCCAAUCCACCAUCUACCAAUACCAACUCCCAUCGAUCCUCCGUCAUCUCUCUCCAUCUACUGCCAAGCAACUCGCCCUAAACUCAUCCACUACCGAACAAGCUCCAACAGCAACUACUACUCCUUCUACUACGGCCAGCUCAAUCAUAGCUUACAUCCUUCUCACCCCUGGCGUAUCCGCUCUCCACUCAGAUGAUCUUGAACCUCAACCGAUCCUCUCCAGAAUCAUCUCCUAUGCCCUCUCAAGCCCUUCAAACUUCAUCCUUCAACUCUUUCUGGCUGCCAUCAGUCUCGGUAACAGUCACCCUCCAAGCCCACUACCCAACACUCGCCCCAAAACAGAAGAAAUCAAAUCGAAGGAACAAGACGAAGAUGAUGACGAAGAUGAAUGUCUCGAAAAUGAUAAGAUGGCUUGGAAGGCUCUCUUGGCUGGUGGUCGAUUAGCAGAACUGAUUCGGACUGCAUUAGACACUGAAAUCCUUGCUAAAGAUCGCGAAGGAAUACGAUUACUAGGGACGGAUGAGCUUGUACUGAUGAGCCAAAAGAUUCUCAAGAAAGGGGCCAUCCUAGAUCAAUCAGAGCCAAACGAAGAGAACCGGAUGGAGAUCGAGAAUCAUCGAUCGUACACGAACAGACACCAUCUCUGGUUUGCAAUCCUCUCAAGUCUCUGUUCUAACCAACUCGUCCUCGCUCAAGAUCUUCUAAGACUCGACCAGUCUCCCUCUCCACACCCCAAUCUCGUCCUCGGCCACCAUUCAGAUCUCGAUCUAGGCAUCCACCCCUUGCUGGACUCUCUGGGAAAGAGCAGCAAAGAGACCCCGAUCUCCGAACUGGCUGUCAAGCUUCACCAAUCGAUAGUGACCGCGACAAAAAGCUUUGAUCUAUCGACCUGUAUCACAUUAACAGAAGCUUUAAGCUCAUUAGACAGCUUAUCCACGUUGUUUCUGUGGAUCGAGCCCAGGAAGCUCUUGGGGCCAGUCAGGGACCUCUUGGACCAUUGGAACGACAUCCGUAAUAACGUGAAUCAACUCGUCAAUAACUCUGAUAAUGAUGAGUCUAGUAGUGGGAGUGAAUUCGAAAAGUUUGGUCGUUUGUUGGGUUGGCUACAAGGUGUUGUUGGUAGAUUUAGUUUGAUGUCCAAUCUAAGUUACCAUCUUGGAGCGACCACCGGAUUUACGAUCCAUCACCUCUCGAACCCAUCGACAUCAUACCCGAUAAGCAGCUUACCAGCGAGCCACCAGAGCACGUUGAGCUCAUGGAUCGAGGCCUUAUACGGUUCCUCUGGGAUCCCCGAUGACUUGCUCGGUCACACUGACCCUAGGAUCUUCUUCUCGAUCAGCGCCAGCCUCUUCAAACAGUCCUUUGAUGCCCUCACCAUUGGCCUCAUCGACCUCCAGACUUUCAGAGACGGCCUUAGUUACUUCGAACACAAACUUCUUGUCGGUGGUUGUGCUGUUGGUGUCGUCGGCUGGUUACUCAAUGAGCUCACUAGGGUCGGGCGGAUCUCAGCGAGCUCAUAUCCGACAGCUCUAUUGGAGAUACUACAAAGCAUUCUUCUAUCUGAUGCAAUCACUCCGACGGCGUUGCAUCUCGUAUCAGCGCGAUCACUAGCGGUAAUACGGGCCUUCGAUGCUAGUUUUUCGCGUGCGCCGCCAGAUCACCUGGGACCGGGCUCAGAUCUCAACCGACGGGUACAACUAGACCUGGGUGCGAUCGAGCGACGAUUGACGGUCCUACCAGCGUCAGAAAUGAUAGAGCCAGCCGGCUUCCUGGCGUACGACUUUGGCUCGGCGACCGGAUGGCCGGACGCAUUGGACGCCGCCGUCCGGAGCGCCGUUCGUGCUGAGCCUGACUCCCCAGAUCCGACUAUCGCCCUUUGGAGCCUCCUGCCCCACAUCCUGAAAGCGGUCUCGGUUGGCGAGUUUGUCCAGAUGACGAUCAGAGCGGCCAUUAGCGCAAGCAAGAUGGACGACGAACAUGACUCGGAGGAGGCGUGUACGGCUCAGGACAGACCCGGCCGGAUAGCCGUCAAAGUACACAAGGCUUGGGAUGCCGCAAAGUACCGACGCGUCGACCGGGCCGUAGGAGUGGCCGUUGACAUCUUGACCUGGCCGGUCGUCGGCAUCAAUCAUUCUGGUGGAAGACGCCCGUCGCUUGGCCCGCCCGGCCUGGUCCUUCAGGAGCUUUUCACCCAUUGGGGUGACCGACUCGGGGGCUCCAGCUCGGUGGAAGAUGCCGAACUCGAACGAGACAUCAUCCUCGCCUGCCUCGAUCGGCUCGAAUCAUUGGACCUCGCUUCUACGUCUCUUAAGAAAAAGUCGAUCCCUUCCGAGAGCGAGCUUCCUGAUGAUCAAUCCAAACUCGAUCCAUCCUCCGCAAUGCCCCAAGAGAAUCGGGAAAAUGGACGCGGAGAUAAUAAGCUCGGCGAUGGAGAAAGGCGAACGGUGACUGAUCGGUUCAGAGAAACUUGUGUGACCUCUCUUCGUCGUCAAAAACUGCGUCAAUUCGGGCUUCCUGAAAAACGUGAACCUCGUCCAGUUACACCAUCUCGUUCCGAUGACCUGGGCAAAAAUGCCGUGGACCCGUUUUCGCCGGUUAGUGGCACCCCAAUGAUCGUGGAGUCUGGACCAGAUGUGCCGCAUCGAGAGGUUGGGAAUCAGAUGGAUGUGCAGAGGUCGGCGGUUGCUGAGGGGGAAGGGGCUGGAGUCAAAGAGUUGGGUGAUCAAGAAAUGGGGGAGAAGGACGGUCAAGAAGGGGACGUGAAAGGCGAUCAGCAGAGUGGCCAGAAAGACGGUGAACAGGGGGAACAUAACGGUAGCGAGAAAAAGGAGCAGGCGGGACAGGAGAAAGAUGAGGAAGGUAGACAAGAGAAGGAGGGAGAGCAAGAGAAGGAGAAGGCAGAGGAGGGAGAGAAGGAGGAUGGUGGGGAGAAGGAGAGCCUCGGCGAGAAGAAAGAAGCCGAGGAAGCUCGAGGAGUGACAGGAGCAGAAACCGAGACGGAUGAUCGGCCUCAAGAAGGAGAGGAGGGAGGGAAAGAAGCGGCCUCGGGAAGUGCAGAUAGGAUGGAAGUAGAUCGGGAUGCAGAUCGGGGAUCAGAGAUGGACGACAGGGGCGCGGGAUCGGAAGUGAAGAAGGUGCAUUUCCUCGAUCGCUCGGCGCCCCCGCUGGCCCGAUCGAUGAACGGAGCAGAUCAAGAGACGAGUGCGGAGGGCGAUCCGGAGAAGAAGAAGAAGAGGAAGAAGACCCACGCGCCAUCGGCGGCCCUCCAGAUCCCUUCCCUUCCGUCCACCGUCCUCGACUGGAUCAUCGCCAGCCUCAUCCUCCGUCCUGUCCACAAUCAUCUCCCGCUUCCUCUCCAACUUACCCCCGACGAUCACUUCACUACUGUGCUCUUCUCUCCCGAUCUUCUUGAUCAUCCUGCUCUUCGAUUCAAACUCGUCGGAACAAUCGAGCGCUGAUCUUUCUCCUCGUUCAUGUACUCUUUUUUCUUGGAUCACUUUCUGCUCAUGAUGUAAUCCCCCCCCCCCCCUUCCCCCAGCC